CACCAAGAUAAGUACAGUGCCAACUUAGUGAAUGGGAGACUUUUGAGAGCUUGGACAGCAAGAGGGACAGAUUUUGAUCAAAGCACCUCACUAUAAAUAAGAAAUGGGAAGGAAAAGAAAGGCACUCUUCGAAACAUAUGUAUCUUAGUAAUACAUAGAUAUAGUGAUAUAUACACAUCAUUGCUCUCUUGGAGCACUUUAAUGUACUAAUUUCAUUAUCAUAAACAUAGGGGUAAAUUAGUGUCUGUUUUUUCUUAUCUCUCUUGAGGACUCUUUAUUCUUUUCUCCUUUCCUCUUCCCUUUGCUAAUACUUGCAUAUGUUCUUUUUUCCUUCCACUAAAUCCUUCUUUGGGAAUUUUUUUUAGGUCAUAUGUUCUUUAAUUCUCAGUUCUUCCUUUACUUGAUUCCAUAAACCAUUUUCUGCAUCUAAUUCUCCUCAUCUUUACCUCAUCAUCAGCACCGGCCCUUUACUUUUAUUUUUCCAUCCAAUUCAUCUAAUGUGCGCCAAAUGAGUGACGAAAAUCUCAAAGAAUUGAAGAAAAACCAAAAGGGAUAAUCAUAGCCUGAAAGUAGCUAGCUUUCUUUGAGGAGUUGUUUGUUUCUUUCCUUUGUAGCUGAAUUUGAUAAAAAAAAAAAAAUCUGCAAAGCUGGCUAACCACCGGUGGUGGGGAGGACAGGUGGGCUUGCCCGCCGGCGGUGUGAACGUCGAUAUCCAGCCGGCACUAUCUUCACCUAUGUCAACUACAAACAACAAUAAACGGUUUCGUCCUGAUUUAGCACUGAAUGAAAACAGCGGAGGAAGUAGUAAAGGCGAUGAAGAUGAAGAAAGGGAUAAUAACAGCGAGCCAAGAGAAGGAGCCGUCGAAAUCGGAACCAGAAGACCUAGAGGCCGGCCUCCGGGAUCCAAGAACAAACCAAAACCCCCAAUCUUUGUAACUAGGGAUAGUCCUAAUGCGCUGCGUAGUCACGUGAUGGAAGUCGCCAGCGGCCGAGACGUGGCAGAAAGUAUAGCCCAGUUCGCCCGGAAGCGCCAGCGCGGAGUCUGCGUGCUGAGCGGGAGUGGCUCGGUAGCUAAUGUGACACUCAGGCAGCCCGCAGCGCCGGGAGCGGUCGUGGCGCUUCACGGUCGCUUCGAGAUUUUAUCGUUAUCGGGGGCGUUCCUGCCAGGUCCAGCUCCGCCAGGGUCCACCGGACUAACGGUGUACUUAGCUGGCGGACAGGGUCAAGUGGUAGGGGGAAGUGUGGUAGGUUCGCUUGUGGCAGCAGGACCUGUUUUGGUCAUUGCUGCCACUUUUGCUAAUGCAACUUAUGAGAGAUUGCCAAUUGAGGAUGAUGAGGAAGCCGGUGGCAGCGUUACGGCAGCUCAGCCACAUCUUGCCGGAAAUUCACCUCCCGGAGUCGGGACAAGUAACGGAAGUGGACAACAGAAUCAGACCGGAAUGGCUGAGCAUCCAUCAUCCAUGCCAAACUACAAUUUGACACCAAAUUUGUUGUCAAAUGGAGGGCCAAUAGGUCAAGAUUCAUAUGGUUGGGCACAAUCCAGGGCGCAAUAUUGAGUUCUAAGAGAGCUAUAGAGAAGGUAAUUGACUUUGGAAAUGGUUUUGGUUUUGAAUCCUAUGCUUAAUGUAUGUUGUUUUUUGUAUGUUCACUAGAAUUUGGGAUGACUUUUUAUGUAUAGAGUGAAGUGAAAUGAUCAGGACUAGCUUACAAUUUCUAUGUAAAUUAUAAUAAGCCUUUUCCUUUUCUUUCAUUUAAGUUUCCAAAUCAAUAAAAUAUGGUUACAUUUCUUCUA